CUAAAGAAAAAUCUUCUUAAAAAAAGAGAGAAAAAUGUAAAAGAGAAAAUCUUAAUCAAAAUGAAAACAUUCCCAACAAAAACACUACUACCAUAGUCGAAAAGCAACGGAAGGAAUUAAAAGAAAAAUUACCCAAUUCCAAAAGCAUACACACUUAAUUGGAAUUAUUAGGAACAUUACACCCCUUCCAAAAAAUUAAACUGUAUAUAUUUUUUAAUAAUUAAAUUUAUAAACAAAUUCAUUGAGGCAGAUUAGACACAACAGAACACAGAAGUUUUUCUUACUCUUUCUCAUGUUCUUAGUGAAUUAAUUCUUCAUCCCAAAAAAACCCAAAUCGCUAAAUAUGAUUUCAUGAUAUCCUAUCCUCCAUAAACUUCUAUGAUUUACAAACCCAGAAAUAAAAAUAAAUUAGAAAGGAAAAGGGAGCCGAGAGAUUAUCCAAAUGUCUUGGCUCAUCAAAACUCUCCGAUCAGACGAUCCACAAGAUGCCACGUCAUCUCCAUCGGAGGAGAAUCCUUUAACGGGUGAGUUAUCGGUGAUCGGCCAUACCAUUGGCCGGCAACUCCGCGGCGUGGCGGCGUUUCUUGCUCCUCCUCCUGCUUCACAACCAACCACCGGUGCCCAGAGUUUGCCAGAAUCAGAGAAUGAGUCGCUGGAUUUGGUCGGAAUACGGAACGAUCUGGCGGAGAUCGGCGGGAGCUUCAAGAGUGGCCUUAAUCUUCUGUCUAGUAAUAGUAACAGAGCGGUCAGUGGGAUCUCUAAGUUUGCUUCGAACUUGUUGCAGUUUCAGGAUAAAGCAGAAUCAGAAGAUGAAGAUGAUGAUGAUGAUGAACAUGGUGGUGGUGUGCCUGGGAUUACUGACGAAGUUCUUCAAUUCGUGACUGAGAUAUCGAAGCGACCCGAAUGUUGGAACGAUUUUCCUCUAAGACUCGAUCAUGAAUUCGGCAUGUCUGAUGCACAGAGAGAACAUGCCUCAACAAUUGAACAGUAUAUUCCUGAGUUUGCUGCACUUAGGUUAAGGCUUUGCCGUUCAAUGAGCCAAGAAAUUUUUUGGAUGGUCUAUUUUAUAUUGCUCGUUCCUAGACUGAGCGGACAUGAUUUUGAGCUUCUUUCCACUCCCAAGAUUGUUGAAGCAAGAGAUGUACUUCUGCAGAAGCUUCAAAAAAACAGAGAAGCACAAUCAGAGACCUCUGAGAACUCUGAGGUCCCGAAUGCAUCUCAAGGUCCUAUCCAAGUUAGCAAAAAAGAAGGGAAGGAGAAUCCAUCAUCAAAUGUCAAUGAAAAGUUUGAAGUUUUGCCAAAAGAACAGCCAGAGGACAAGGAAAUUGUCCACUCGAGCGGCUCAGCAGCAGAUUCUACCUCUUUAAAGUUUGAAACUGAAGAUGACAUUUCAUUCAGUGAUCUAGAGGAUGAUGACAGUGAAGUUUCUCGUAAAUUAUCGGAAGACAAGCGAGGUCAAGACGGCAGAAGUUCUUCGGCUAAUGAAUCUAAUGAUUGGGUUCAACUUAGUAAAAGUCCAGAGGCUCGAAAAAAUUCCACCCAAUCAAGGGAGAAAGAUUCAGAAGGUGAGGAGUCAAGUGACUGGCUUAAUGUUGACGACUUUGAUUAACUGAUCCGGUACUUGUAUAAAUAUCCCAAAUUCUUGUAAAGUGUUUUUUUCCCCUCUUAAUCUACUCUGCAAAGAAUCAAUUCUUUUUUUUUUUUGUUUUACAUAAAAGUGUUAAAUAAAUAAUUGAAUCAUGUUUACUUCCAAACUCUUCUACUAUUAAUGGCAUUGAUUAGAUACCGUGCUAUUUAAGUC